CGGCUCGACAGUCUGCUCCAGACAAGGGAAGCGCUUCAGCCGGUACGGAGCCCCGCACGCCGGAGACGCGCAGACAAUAGCAGCCGGGAGCCGUGCGUGUACGCGGGGGAUCAGCGCCGUAGCCUAUUUAUUCGUGCCAUUUGGAUUACUUUACACCCUUUAUCCCAUCCGACGGGUUCAUCCGACGCUAUUUGGUCCCCGAUGGUGAUCGGAUACUUGAACUGCUGAUUGUUCGCCAUGAGUGGGCUUCUGAAGAGGAAGUUUGAGGAGGUGGAUGAGGACCCGUGCUACUCCUCACCCUCUCCCUCCUCCCUCUCCUCCGCCUGCUCAGGCUGGGACUCGGAGGGGGAGAGCUGCUACUCCGACACCCUGGAUUCCACUCCCAGCAAUCCCAGCUCCCCAGCAACAAAUUUCAACACAACAUCCAUCCUCAAGAAAUCCAAAAGAGCAAGACGGAGCAAUGUCACGUUUGACCAGGUGACGGUGUUCUUCUUCCCUCGGUGCCAGGGCUUCACCAGCGUUCCCAGUCGGGGAGGAUGCACUCUGGGCAUGAUGCAGCGCCACAGCGCGCUGCGCACCUACACGCUCGCCGAGUUCGCGGUGGAGCAGCGUCUCCUGCGCCGGGAAAAACUCCUCAACAGACUCAGGGAAGAGAAGCUGGAAGCUCUCAAACUGAAGCUGACGAAGAACGGCACCCAGGAGAGCGAGGAGGCGGAGCAGCUCACGCUGGACGACAUCCCGGAGCAGGACGUCGACAUCAGCGGAGCCAACCUGGAGGAGGGCUCGUUCCUCCAGCCUUACCCGUCGAAAUGGCGCUACGCGCUGCUCAAAGCGGCCGGCGUGAAGAAGAUUGACAAGGAGGAGAAGAGGCAGCUGCACGAGCUGAGGCUCUCCAGGGAGAACUGCGGCUGCGACUGCCAGGGCUUCUGUGAGCCCGAGACGUGUAGCUGCAGCCUGGCUGGCAUCAAGUGUCAGAUGGACCAUUCCUCCUUCCCGUGCGGCUGCACCAAGGACGGCUGCGGAAACACGGAGGGCCGCAUCGAGUUCAACUCCACCAGGGUACAGACGCAUUACAUCCACACCAUCAUGAAGCUGGAGCUGGAGAAGAGGCUGGAGGAGCAGUCGAGCACGGAGGAGGAGGAGGACAACGCGACCGGCGCCACCCCCCUACCAGCAGUGCCCUCGUUUCCCUUCAGCGCCGAGCUGGCGGCGGCCGGAGAGAACAGUUGCAGCAGCGACAUGACGGACCUGUCGGACUGCUCGGGUCAGAGCGAGGACUCGGAGGCGGGCGACGCCCCCUGCGAGCACCACAGCCCGCUGGACGUCGACGAGAAAGGCCUGAGCCGCAUCCUCUGCUUCAGCGACAGCGAGAACUGCUCCAGGAGCAGCCGGGACGGCGGGGAGAAGAACAGUAAGGACUCUUGUGGCCCAGAUCAGCAGCAGCAGCAGCAGGCGUCUACGGAGGCUUUCAGUAGCUUUAGCAUGGUGGACUUUGGCGACGAGAACGACAAUAUCGACGCCGCGCUGUUAGAGUCUGCAGAUGAUCACACAGACAAUCGAGCAACAGCCAUUUCAGAACUUUUGGACGAGAACGCCAACCAGGGAAACGGACUUUUCCACAGCAGUAGCGUGCCGCACACACCUUCCCCGACCAUCGAUCGCUCGGCGAGCUACAACAUGGACCUGAGCCUCUCCUCCGAGUCGGAUCUGGAGUUCUUCGACGGCUUCCCCUGUCUGGGGCCGAGCUCUCUUUACAACUCCCUGAAGGAGUACGAGCACAUGGACAACUUCUUUCAGUUUCAGUUGCCUAGUUACCCCAGUUUCCCUGCAGCGAGCGACCCUGGGACUUGCCUCUUAGAGUCACUGAUUGGCCUUUCAGAAUCUGUCCCAGAGCCCCCCGCCACAUUUACGGACAAUCAGCUGUUGGAGGAAGCCAUGAAAUUGUCAGUGAUGGAGUCUGUGAAAGUUUGA